AUGGAGGCUGAAGCUUUGAUUGUGAAGCUGCCGACAGACUUCGCAGGAUGGGCCAUCAGUUUCCGGGGCGAGGAGCUCCGAAGAGAGAAGGGCGAAGCGGGCCCGCAUGGCGGCCGCGGCCAGGGGAUCCAACUGCAUGCAGCCACCGCUGCAGCAAAGUUCCGAAUGGAUGGCCCAAAGGACAAUAUGGCCAUCCGCAAGCAUGGCGACGAAGACCUUGCCAUGGAGGUUGCACAUCGAAAGAUGGUCCCCAACAGCGACGUUACCCUUUGGUGCGUAGGGUUGCAUGAGCCCCACAGAGAGUGGGCCUGCCGGUUCUGCAUGAACGACGACGGCACGAUCUCUCCUUGUGACAAGGGCAAUCCCUGCAAGGAUGUGGUCAUUGGCGUGCAUUUAGGAGAGGGCUGGAAGCGCACGGGCCUGGUGCUGGUCCACCGCGAGGACACAAAGCGCCGUUUGGUUUUCUUGCAAGGCUCUGAGCUGCAGUCACGCGUUGCUGACCUCGAUGAGGCCGCUAUGCGGGUGGAUGCCACCAAGGAGCACAGGCUCAUCAUCACCGCGCCGAACCUCUCCUGGAUGGGCCCAGGACCGCUGGGUCUGUGUAUUCAGGGCAGCAUGAUCACCGUCGGAAACGGCCGCAUCUUCAACCUGAAAGUCGGCAAGGCCGCCGAUGCUGCAGUGUUUGCUUUCGACGGCUUGGAGACCGAGUGCAUGGCGGUGCGCUUGCAUGAAGACCGGGAGUUCGGAGUCGACGUUUCGCACCGAAAGAUGGAGCCAGGCUCGGCCGUGCUGCUGUGGGACUGCGACAGGAAGAUUCUCGCGGUCCAGUUCGCUUUUGGUACAGAUCGAUCUCUGUGCCCAUUUGGCUUUGCUGGGGUGGCAAUUGGCAUCAAGCAGAACACUGACAGGUUGGAGUUAGUUCGGUCAGAUGACCCCAUGCGCCUCAGAUUUCAGACGCCGGAGGAGGAGGAAGCUACGGCGGCACUGCUGCGCGAGGAAGCGGCGGCGGCGAAGGCUGCUUUAGCAGCGCUGGAGGACGCUGCACUUGCUCGCUGCAAUGCGGAUAUGUUCGAGCGACUGCGCCUUGAUGGCUUCGUGCACAUCCCCAACGUUGUGCCACGCGAACUUGUCCUUGCUGCCAGGAAGGAAAUCAACCGGCAGCUGGGAACGGCGACGGGUGGGACUGAUCAGUUCAAGGCAAAGACCUUCCCCAGGAGGCCCGAGAUCACAAACCUCGUGAACUCCUCCGGCCUUCCGAUCAUCCUUCGGCGGCUGCUAGGCCCGCGCGACAGCGGUCCAUACCGAGUGGAGUCCGGCCAAAUUGCGUUGCGUUUCCCUGGCGACAUGUGCAUCAAGGACAGCGUGGACAGCGAUUUUCAAAACUUCGAGCGCAUCCGUCAAGGUUGGCAUAUAGAUGGAACGCCUUCGAGCUUCAUCCCCGGUGUGACGGACCACUGGGGAAAGAUCACCAAUUUCGAUGCGUUGGUGGGCGUGUUGCUCAGUGACACUGACGCGAACAUGAGCGGUGAGCUCUGCUGCUACCCUGGCUCCCACAUGGACUUAGCCGGCUAUUUCAAGCAGAACGGUGUGGACGACGUGGCAAACAAAGGUGCUGCGGGACUCCCCACGGGACAGAAAACAGACAGCGUGUUGCGGAAGCCGCCGAUCCACUGCAACGGGAAAGCCGGCGAUGUCUUCCUGGCCAACUACAUGGUGGCGCAUUUUAUUGCCCCAAAUACGUCCCAAGACAUCCGCUACGCUGUGUACUUCCGUAUCCGCGGGCCCUCCUUCGAUCUGGAUCCUUUCAACAAGGAGAGCAUGCUGGAUCCGCUGAUGAACUGGAGUCUGGAUGGGCCGGAGCCGCCAAAGAAGGCGUUUGCGAAGCCUUCGUUGAGACGUGCUGCCACCAUCGAAGAUGCUGAGCUCAUGAACGAGGCCUUGGACUACUAUUCCGCAGCGAAUAACGACCACACCGUGCCCACAUGA